UAGGAUGAGGCACGCAGCACGCGCUUGCGGGUGUCCUCAACCCACUCAGCUGAGGGGCGGGGCGCUGUCCUUCUUCCUGAUGCAGAGACCCUAAGCUCCGGGAAUUUCCCCAGCCCGGGGGUUCGGUUCGGGCUUUUCCAGCCACCGUGCAUAAAAAGGGCUCGCGGGGCUCCAAAACCUCAGAUCGCACCACUGAGUCUCCAGGCAGCUCCUGCACUCCAGACUCCAACCACACUCCUUUCUCAGCGCCAUGGCCCCAGCCACCCGUCCACUCCUCCUCUGCGCCACUCUGAUGCUGCUGCUGCUCCUGGCCACCAGCCGCCAGGCUACAGGAGCGGUUUUGGCCACUGAGCUGCGCUGUCAGUGCCCCAGGACCAUAUCAAGGAUCGAUUUCAAGACCAUUCAGAGCUUGAAGGUGACGCCCCCAGGACCCCACUGCACCCAGACGGAAGUCAUAGCCACUCUCAAGGAUGGUCAGGAAGUUUGCCUCGACCCUGAAGCCCCCUUGGUUCGGAAGAUCAUCCAAAAGAUACUGAACAAAGGCAAGGCCAACUGACCUGGGGAGAAUCGGAAGAGCGUUGUGUA